AAAAACGUGGCCAUGAUUUAACCAGAACGAAGGAAUGAAUUAAAAAAACGUGGCAAUGAUUUAACCAGAACGAAGGAAUGAAUUAAUAAAACGUGGCCAUGAUUUAACCAAAAUGAGGGAACGAAUUGGUAAAAAAUGUUACCGAUAUAAUACAUUGUGCGAACGAAUUAGUAAAAUGUGGCCACAUUAUAUAAAUUUUAUCUGUAUGUCAGAAUCAGGGCUCCGCAGAAAAGUAUGAAAGGAAGAACAAGAGAUAUGGAAGACUGUUAUUAAUCCAAAUCUUACCCGCUGCUGGUGGGAUCCCACCCUUCUGAUACCAGUGACACAGGUCCAAGAGUGGGAGCCGCUCCGACCACUGCUGCGACUCUACAGGGGGGGGUUUCUGCUUAUCGAGUUCCUCUUUCUGUUGGGGCUCAACGUGUACGGUUGGAAGAAAGCCGGAGUCAACUAUGUCCUCAUCUUCGAGCUGGACCGCCGAGAUAAUCUAUCACACUACCACUUUUUUGAAGUAAGAAUGAGUAUGACAUCUGUUCAGUUUUAUUGAGGAUACAAUAGCAAGCAAAACAUUCUCUCAGACAGGCAGUACAAAAGCGAUAAAAGCAAAGUAUCACGGCUGAUAUCAAUCUAAUCACAAUGUAAAUCUGAACAGUCAUUGAAGCUAGACUUUGUUAUGCAUUAGGAAUUAGGAAUACCCAGUAUGACCCUGAGAUAACCAGUGACUGGAUGGUGGUGAGUGACAUUGCUGUCCUGUGUUUUAGGCGGCGGGGGGUUUAGCCGUGUGCUGGUGCACCAGCAUCCUGGCCUGUCUCUAUGCCCCUCUCCUGCCCGUCCCUCUGCAGCUGCAGCCCCUCCUCUUCUACUGCCUGCCCCUCGUGCUGCUGCUCAGCCCCAUGCCCACCUUGCACGCCCGGGCUCGGCGCUGGCUUCUCUCCGUGCUGGUGAGGAUGUGCUCGGGCCCGGGCCUUGGAUACCCUCACACGAAGGCAGCAGACGUCCUACCAACCUCAGUUAACACAACUGACCGUGUGACUGGGUAUUUGUAUAAGACUGUAGAAGGUGAAAGAAAUUGUGUGAAUAUUGCAGUUAUAGAGGCUACAUUUAAGGGGGAAUGGUUUGAUCGAGAUCUGAGUUCUCCAGGGCCUUCUGAGCAUCUCCUUGAUCUCAGUGUCCAUUCUGUCCCUCCACAGUACAAGGUCCUCACCACUCCGUUCCACUCAGUAGGGUUUCCUGACUUCUGGCUUGCCGACCAACUGAACAGCCUCGCACCGCUUUUCCUGGAUCUGUGGAGCCUCAUCUGGUUCUACGCAUGUGAGGUGGAUUGGAAGGACCUGGCCGGCAUGUACGCUCCGCCUGUAGGAAGCCUGGACUGCGAGAGGACCUCCAAGGACCUCAGCUGCCUGAUACAGUGCUUCCCGCCCUGGCUUCGCUUUGCACAGUGUCUAAGGAACUUCUGGGACAGCGGGAACACCAAGCCCCACCUCCUGAAUGCCGGCAAAUACUCCGUGGUCUUCCUCACGAUCACCUUCGCCGGCCUCUACAGCAUGGCGUUAGAGUACCCCAGUCAGGCAGAGGGACUGACGCUCUACCUCUACCUCUGGGCUGCCUCUGCCUGCUGCAGUGUGCUGGUGGCCAUAACCUGGGAUUUACGCAUAGACUGGGGGCUUCUCCAAGGCCCCGACUAUCUGAGAGAGGAGGCUGUCUAUUCUAAACGGGCCUACUACUACUGUGCAAUACUGGCGGACGUGUUGCUGAGGCUGGCCUGGGGGGUCAACAUCAUCCUGGUGCAGAUGCGGGAUGCAGGCUCAGCUACCGCCACAGGGAUCCUGGCUCCACUGGAGGUUAUUCGGUGAGGAGAGCGAUGCCGGCUGUUUAGGCUUCACAAGGCACUCUCUUCACGGAGUACGGACAAAACCGACGGGUUUGCUUUGGCUUCUCUGCUCUUUCAGCCGGUUCAUCUGGAACUUCCUCAGAUUAGAGAAGGAGCAUCUGACUAACUGCAGCCUGUUCCGAGCAGUCAGGGACAUCCCAGUACGGCCCCCGACCCAGAACGGACACUCCUUCCUGGAAAAGAUCGUGGAGCAGGAAAAUAAUGGAAAAACCUGUCAAAAACCACAUUCUGCAAAGACUAAAUCGAAUUCCUCCUUUAAGUGGACGAGGUAAUGCUCUGGAGCAGGACAAUUUAUCAGUCUCAAAUGUUUACUGUUCACUGGUUUUACACUACAGUUCUGGUUAUUUAUGUUUUACUGUCAACCAUAAUAAGCUAAAGAUUAAAUUUUCUUAUGCAAGCCUAUUGAUUCUAGGACAGUUAAACUUAAAUUAGCAUUCCUUUUU